GACUCGUUACUUAAUAAGGUAUACCAGUCUCCCUUUGCUACAAAAUGUCCCCAGCGCACGUACGAGUGUAUGAUAAGCACGCUGGCCAAGUACCCUUGGUGGGCAGUGAACCACUAUACCGUCAAAGACCGUGACGUUUUGUUUCAAACGACUGAAAAAAUGCUCCGAGCACUGGCGAACGCAGUAAAAUAUAAGCAAUUCAAUAUCGUCCAUGAGCGAUUGUUGGCCGAAUUUCAGGAGACUUCUUUGAAGGCCCCAGGUUUCAGUGAGAAACAGAAGACGAGACUCAUCCUUGCUGCCAAGCCCUCUCCAACUGGCGUCACCAUUUCGCGAAUUGCUACAGACUGGCCUUUUGAGACACUUGUAAGAAAUCCGAACGCAAGUGAUGAAAUGGUGGAGUUCUAUGCGUACCUUUUCCGCAAGGCAACCAUGUCUCCAACGAUGGUUUCAUUGGCGGAGCACUCCGCGGCUGAGGCCUCCAAUGCUGCUACGUCGUUAUUCGGCAACAUCGUGAUUCCUUGGUCAUCUUCCAAGGAAACGAUGACCUUUGCUGAAGCUGCCUCACAAGAAUGGGCCGUUGUGGAGGCACUGCUACGUCGUUUGCUCUGCGUACCAUAAACUUCGAACACGGAACUGGUCUCUUUCUGAUAGCAAUAAGUGGGCUUGUGUCCUGGGCUAAGACAUGGGCUUAGUCAAUUUCUCAUUGAAGCUGUACGGGAUCUUCAUCAAAUCGUAGCUGGCCCUAUGUCACCUGCUUUGACAUUCUCAGCGACUUCGGAAUAUUAAAUUGAUGAAUUAUUCCCAUAGCAGAUGUGAGCGCAGGAUAUUUGUCAAGAGACGUGGGCUUAGUUAGUGCAAUUAAAGACAACGUGGCCAAUAUGAAGAUC